CGCUAUAGAGGGCUCCCACAGCACUUCCCAGCCAGUGUGUUCAGCCUGCCUGCCUGCCUGCCUCCGUGUGUGUGUGAGCGUGUGUGCGUGCGUCUACUUUGUACUGUGAAGAACACAGCCCAUGUGCUCUGCAUGGACGUUCCUGAUACUCUGUUAAGCUUGAUUUUCGACAAGCAGGCAAGAUGUCCAGCACACCACAUGACCCCUUCUAUUCUUCUCCUUUCGGCCCAUUUUAUAGGAGACAUACACCAUACAUGGUACAGCCAGAGUACCGAAUCUACGAGAUGAACAAGAGACUGCAGUCUCGCACAGAGGACAGUGACAACCUCUGGUGGGAUGCCUUUGCCACUGAAUUUUUCGAAGAUGAUGCCACAUUAACUCUUUCAUUUUGUUUGGAAGACGGACCAAAGCGAUACACUAUCGGCAGGACACUCAUUCCCCGUUAUUUUAGCACCGUGUUCGAAGGAGGGGUGACCGACCUGUAUUACAUCCUCAAACACUCCAAGGAGUCUUACCACAACUCAUCCAUCACGGUAGACUGCGACCAGUGUGCCAUGGUCACACAGCACGGGAAGCCCAUGUUCACCAAGGUAUGCACAGAAGGCAGGCUGAUCUUGGAGUUCACGUUUGAUGACCUCAUGAGAAUAAAAACGUGGCACUUUACCAUCAGACAGUACAGGGAGCUGGUCCCCAGAAGCAUACUAGCCAUGCACGCACAAGAUCCUCAGGUCCUGGAUCAGCUGUCCAAAAAUAUCACCAGGAUGGGUCUAACAAACUUCACCCUCAACUACCUCAGGUUGUGUGUAAUACUGGAGCCAAUGCAGGAACUGAUGUCGAGACACAAAACCUACAACCUCAGUCCCAGAGACUGCCUGAAGACCUGCCUGUUUCAGAAGUGGCAGCGGAUGGUGGCACCGCCAGCAGAACCCACAAGGCAACCGACAACCAAAAGGAGAAAAAGAAAAAACUCCACCAGCAGCACCUCGAACAGCAGCGCCGGGAAUACCACCAACAGUGCGGGCAGCAAGAAGAAGGCCCCGGCUGCGAGCCUGAGCCUGUCCAGUCAGGUACCUGAUGUGAUGGUGGUAGGAGAGCCAACUCUGAUGGGAGGUGAGUUUGGGGACGAGGACGAAAGGCUAAUCACUAGAUUAGAAAACACGCAGUAUGAUGCGGCCAACGGCAUGGACGACGAGGAAGACUUCAACAAUUCACCUGCCCUGGGGAACAACAGCCCGUGGAACAGUAAACCUCCCGCCACGCAAGAGACCAAAUCAGAAAACCCCCCACCCCAGGCUUCCCAGUAAGAUGGGCCUGCCCGGCGCCUGAUUCCACUGUCCCAUAGGCCCAGUGGGUAGAAUUCCAGUCGCAAAUCUCUAUCAGGAGAGGAAAGAGGUGAAAUUUAAACCCACACAAACAAAACGUUUCCAUGCAAAAACCUAUUUCUAAACAUAAAAACCUGGUUUUCUUUCUUGCGAUUUUUUUUUCCUUUUUUUAAUUGAGAGGAUUAUUCAAAUGAGCCUCGUGGCCUCUCCUUGGAGGCCUCCACAGGAAGUACAGACACUGUCCCUGGCGGUAAUUAGAAGCAGCAGAGGCUAUCGCACCUCCUGGCACGGUCUUCCCUCCCUCUUUGUGUUCAACUUCCUGUCCAUGCACCUACCGAAGGCCAUGCUGUCCGAACGUGCUCAGGAUCACAGUCACAUGCUGACCCCCAACUAGAGAUGACUUUUUAAUAUUGUAAAAUAUUUUCUGCUUUUUGACUUGCAUUUGAGAGUUUCUUGUUUCAGUAAAAAAAAGAAAAGAAAAAAAGAAAAGAAAAGGAAAGGAAAGAAAAGAAAAGAAAAUGUGUUUUGGGAAAGUAAUUUAAAUGUAUUCCCCCCCCCCUUCACUUUCCAUUGGUUUUCCACGUGGCAAGAGCCCAACAGACAGCUAGGUGAGUUUCUGGCAAGCUGAUCCUAAUUGGUUUUUGAGUUGUUUCAGUUUAGGCCAAGUACUGAAACAAGGAAUCCUCAAAGAUAUAUGGGUAGAUUUUACUAUGUACACAGAGACAAAGGGACCCUGGGAAGUGUAUGCAUUUGUGAACUCGCUGUGGGUCCAAAUAUUUUCAAGCCAUGUAAUCCAUUAAUUUUGUGGAAAGCUUAAUAAAUCUGAAACUUUUUGUAUUUCUUCUUUUUUUUUUUUAAUUGUAUCUGAGUUGACUGAGUUGGUGGUUGGUUUUUUUUUUCAUGCUAUAAUUCUUGUAUAAUAUUUUGUAAAUCCUUCACCUGGUUCUUUCAUGGGAAUUUUUCUUUUGGGGCAAGUUCAGUGUAUUUAUGUGAAGCUUUAUAAGAGAACUAAUUUUUCCAUUUGCAUAUUAAUAUGUUCCUCUAUACAUGUAAAGACACAGUGGCUCCGUGUGUCAUAAAACAGCUGUAUUUUAUGUAUGCUUUACUGGUAAGUGUGCCAAUA